UAAAAGUUUUUGUUGUCCUAAGGUCAUYAAGGUUCUCAAGAAUGCCCUCCAGCCUGCUCUUCUCGACUGUGAAGUGUCUUGGGAUCUUUCAGAAGGAUGCAGUGUCGAAACUAUCCCACACGUACUACCACCCAUCUUCAGUGGUAACAGUCUUAUCGUAUAUGGCUUGGUGUCUGGUAAUGCAAGUGUCAAGGGGUAUGUCACUGUCAGCGGUGAUUUGGCAGUGGGAUCGCCAGAUAGAAAAAUCAAGCACAAAGUCGGUCUGGACGGCCUUAAUUCUACCAACGACAGCAAGCUUCUUCAUCGACUGGCUGCAAAAACCUUCAUCCAAGAGAAGCAAGACGCCGAUAACGAUGCUACAAGGGAGAACAUCAUGAAAAUGAGCAAAUCAGCCCACAUUGCAUCGAAACUGACAUCGUUUGUUGCGGUGGACCAAGAAAGCAAGCAGCCUGUUGCUGCAUCACUUGUUGCACCGAGACAUCAGUACGUAUACCGAGCACGAAAAAGACRUCGUCCAAAAACUCUAUCAAGAAGAUCGAAACGAAURAAACUAGAUAAAAUUGAUUACGGACAUUACGACAGUAGUAAUCUACCAGGAAUGGUAGAUUACUGUAUUGAUAGUCCCUAUUAUGGAGGAGCAGAGGUCGGGGCAGCAUCCUUCUGCCACGAGUUCAGCGUCCCUCAUGGCGACCCUGAUGACGACCCAGGAAUUGAAGAAUACGAUUGCUGUACGAUGAGUGAUCACUAUGAUUAUGGCUCAGCAGAGAUCGGGGCAGCGUCCUUUCAAGUACCUUGUAAGGGCGWCCAUCAAGGCAACACCAUGGCUUCAAUAACGCAAAAAAGUUGUCUUGAGAUCGUUUCCCUCCAAAAAGCUUCAGGGGCGUGGGAACUUACUAGAGAGUUGGCCAGUAUCUGUGGGACCCAAUUGGACGACCUCAGGAAAACUUGUCCAUCACAGCUAACUACAGGAGACAAGGAUACUCUGUGGGCUACGGCCUUGGCUUUAGCUUGUCUUAAUGGAAAGUUCCCAAAUCAAAAAGAUGAAUGGGAAAUGGUUGCAGCAAAGGGAACCAACUGGCUGAAGAAAAAUUUACCAAAGGAUGGUUUAACCUUUGAUGAAAUUUUGGAAAUGGCGGCCGUUGUUUUGGGAGUUUAGUCGAGAUGCUGUGAACCAAAAGUUAAAUAGUGGCUUCUUCAAGAACAUAUCAAAUGUAUAGACAUAAUCAUUUUAUUUUAUUUUAUUAUUUUACUGAACACCUCGGUGUUACACGAUUUAUUUGUCAGUGCAGUUGAAUCUCCAGUGACCGGACAUCCAAGGGUUGACAAGGGAAACG